CUGACUUUCGCUGUUUCUUCAGCCUUCAAAAACUAUCUGCUGAUCUUUCACUUGUAUCCUCCCGCAAGUCUUUGUGAUCCUUUGUGUGGUUGUCCGUCCUUGAUCCCAAACUAGACUCAACAUCAAGUCCCCGCCCAACCCGCGGAUACCCUUAGCAUCCCUCCGCUCACGGAGGCUAUCCGUCAGAGAACAUGUCGACAACAACAGGAGCGUUCAUCGCAGGAGGAAUCGCAGCAUGUGGAGCUGUUACAGUGACCCAUAGUUUUGAAACAGUCAAGAUUCGACUACAAUUGCAGGGAGAACUACAAGCAAAGUCCGAAGCGGUCAAGAAAUACAAGGGUGUUUUCCACGGCGUCAAGGUCAUUUUACAGAAUGAGGGCCCCCGUGGGCUGUUCCGAGGCAUCGGUUCCGCUUACAUCUAUCAAGUGUUGCUCAAUGGCUGCCGUCUAGGAUUCUACGAACCCCUGCGCAAGACUCUCACAACAACAAUCUAUGAAGACCCCCAAGUCCAGUCGUUGGGUAUCAAUGUCUUUGCUGGUGCUGCCUCAGGUAUCAUCGGUGCUGCUGCAGGUUCUCCAUUUUUCCUUGUCAAGACACGUUUGCAGUCUUUCUCUCCGUUCCUUCCAGUCGGUACGCAACACAACUACCGCAACUCGUUUGAUGGACUACGAAAGAUCUACACUUCCGAGGGAGUAGGCGGGCUAUACCGUGGUGUCAAUGCAGCCAUGGUCCGGACAGGUUUCGGUAGCUCUGUCCAGCUGCCUACCUACUUCUUUGCUAAGCGCCGCCUGGUCAAGCAUCUGGGAAUGGAAGAUGGCCCCGCUCUUCAUCUUGCCAGUAGUACGGCUUCUGGGUUUGUCGUAUGUUGUGUCAUGCAUCCUCCUGACACUAUCAUGUCGAGAAUGUAUAACCAGACUGGUAAUCUCUACAAGGGCGCAUUGGACUGUCUAUACCAGACCGUUCGUAAAGAGGGGUUGCUUGCUAUUUAUAAGGGUUAUUUCGCUCAUUUGGCCCGUAUUCUGCCUCACACUAUCUUAACCCUCAGCUUGGCUGAGCAGACCAACAAGCUCAUGCGCAGAGUUGAGGACCGAUUCCUUUCUGACUCAAUGAAGGAAGCACUGUGAUGGGUCUAUAGAUUCUUACGACAUAUUAGGAAGGGCACAUAAUAAGAAGGUUGUGGCUGUUUAGUCUUUUUCCAGAAACUUGGGUGAUUAGACCUCAUUGAGCGAGUGUCGACUCACUAGGGUAU